UAACUCCUCCUAUUCUCGCGUCCAAUUCAUUAUUAUGGUCUGGCCCUUUAAGACAGAGCAGCGGGUCAGCAAGUAGCGUAGUGUUUCUCUAAUUGAACUUCGCAAAAGCAAUCAACAAGAACUCGUUAGCAGUUACUCGCUGUUUUUGCCUCCUCGGCAACGCUUAUUUUCGUGCAUGCGUUGGCCCCCCUGGCCAGUACAGCUACACACGGUGAAGAUCUUCAUGGAGCAGAUCGGAGAGAUCAUUGGACCCGCGUAACAGGAGUAAAGUUCGGGUGUCUGUGACGCCUGAAGCAUGGUGCUUUUGGAGAACGAUUGGAAGAACAACGCGUUCGUUUGAAGAAAGGGAUAAAACCGUUUUAUAUGUAUAAACAAGCUGUUGUGGUCGUCUUCACGAACAUUUAGGUGACUUCAGUUCAAAAUCGUUUGUCGGGACUGAGAUGACCUCCAGUUCUAAAGACAUGAAGGCAGGCUCCGUUUUACAGUCAAGCGGCGAGGAGAGGCGGCGGGGUCCCUUGGAUCAGCUCCCACCUCCGGCAAACUCCAACAAGCCUCUUACCCCGUUCAGCAUUGAGGAUAUUUUAAAUAAACCCUCCGUGAAGAAAUCGGUCGGUGCACUGUGUCCACCGCGAGUUCUUGAGAAAGUGACCGGCUCUGGUGCGUCUCGGAAUGGGAUCAGCGCGCCCUCCUCUCCGUUAUGCGCCCUGGAAGAGCUAGCGAGCAAAACAUUCAAAGGUCUAGAAGUUAACGUUAUACAAGCGGCAGAAGGUCGCGAACAUCUUAACUCAUUUGGCCAAAGACAGGCGUCCAAAAAACGACGAAAGUCUCGUACAGCAUUCACAAACCAUCAGAUCUACGAGCUGGAGAAACGCUUUUUGUAUCAGAAAUACCUGUCACCGGCCGACAGAGAUCAGAUCGCGCAGCAGCUGGGUCUGACCAACGCGCAGGUCAUCACCUGGUUCCAGAACCGACGGGCCAAGCUUAAAAGAGACCUAGAGGAGAUGAAAGCGGACGUGGAGUCGCUUAAGAAAAUCCCACCGCAAGCACUGCAGAAACUGGUGUCCAUGGAGGACAUGGACGACCCUCAUGGUGGCUCUGGGCCCAUUUCGCCCAGUCUUUCCCCACGAGCCUUUCCACAGUCGCCGUCCUCAUCUAGAGGCCAAACCACAGACGAGUUUUCAGAGGAGGACGAGGAAAUUGAGGUGGACGAUUAAAACCGGCCCUUGUUUUCAGAGAUGGGCAUUUUUCACGCAUUUUGCACGGACGUUUGAAUCUGUGGAAGAACUUGAAAUGCAAGGAAAGUUUCCCUUAUACUUAAUUUAUUGAAAGGAUUGUGAAACUUCCAUAUUUUGAUGUCCAGACUGAAGACAUGGUUAUAAGGAAUACGUUUUCGUAAGAUCUGAGAAAUGAUUAGAGAUAAAUGGUACAGGACUGCAACAUGUGUAUGUACAUUUUAAGCGUUAUUUCUUUCUCGAUUUGAUUUUUGAAGGAAACGUGAGCAAUUGUUUACACCCAUGUUUCAACACACAUUUAUGACCGCUAUGGAAAACUAUAUGCCAAAAGUGAUUUUCAAUUGAAUUCUCAGUUGAAUAGAUUUAUAUAUUUAUAAAUAAUUUCAGAACACGAGGAGUCUUCAGCGAACUGAUUCUACGUUGCAACUGUAAAGACGCAUUUCCCAUAUUUCUACGUUAUAUAUCCAAAUUCCUGGCACAAUUUCUAUAAUUGCAGGCAUUAUAAACAAAUUAUAAAAAAGAGCGUGUAUGUCCUAAGCAUUGGAAGGGCAAGGAUGUGUAUAUAUAACAAGUUAUGAUGCAUCUAACUCGUUAAAUUUAUUGUAACAUUCUAUUUAAUCUUCAUUUAUGUAAAUAAAGGGUAUAUGUAUUUCACAAUGUUUCUUGACGU